CUCACUUUCUCUGCAGCAGUCGGCGCUCCUGUGGACUCUACAAACAGAACUGUUUUCUUCAAAAGUGUUCUUCUCUUUCAAGCUGCAAAUAUGGCUCAGAUCAACACCUGCCUUAAACGCACCUUCAUCAUCUUCAACAUCUUCUUCGCGAUUGUUGGCGGAGUCAUCAUCAGUCUCGCUCUGCUGGCUCAGUUCUCCACCAGCAUUCAAGAAGGAGGAAAUCUGGAGGGUCGGGUCAGUGGCCUGUUCAGCCUCUACAUCAUGGGCGCCAUCAUCAUGGUGCUGGCUAUCCUGGGAGCCUAUGGAGCCCACAAAGAGAGCAGAGUUGCUCUGAUUGUGUUCCUGGUGUGUAUGGUCCUUGGAUGUCUGGUGAUGUUCAAAUAUGCAGUCCCGGUUGCCAUCAUGCGUCCACAGAUUGAAGGUAUAAUGGAGGACAAGUUUCGGAUGUUUCUGCCUUUGGAUGAAAACUCAAAGGAUAUGAAGAACAUGGCUGACAACAUCCAGAAAACUUUUCACUGCUGUGGUCUGUUCAGCUACAAAGACUGGAACAACAUUCCCGAAUCCUGUAAAUGCAACCUGGAGGAGGAGGAAGAGGGCAAGUGUCAGACUGUUGGCUACAGAUCUUUAAUGGAGAGAUCAACAUCCAUCUACACCCAAACCUGCUUCCCCAUAAUAAUGCACUACGUCCUGCUGGGUUUUGACAUCGUACUCGGAGUCUUCUUCACUCUGGCUAUUCUGGCACUGCUCGGCACAAUUCUGUCCUCGGCCAUGAUCCACCAGAUGCGUUACCCCAACAGACCCACCAUCCUGCUCACAGUUCCCACUGUCCUCUCCACAUCGCCACCAAAAUAUGAGGAGCUGUACAACCCUCCACCAUAUUAGACACAGAAAGAUGCACUGUUCCUUUAUUGCUGGCUUUGCGUGGAAGUUCCAGGAGUCCUGUUAGUUUUGUUUUUCUUGAAUUUUAACGUGAGUUUGAGGUUUGUGUCCAAAGUGCCUUACAGCUCUGUAAGGAGUUCUGACUUGUUCCUUUAAGAUCAGUGAAAACACGAUUUUUAAGGAGCCUGAAAAAUGCCACAGCUUUUCUGAUACAUAAACAUUGUUCUUAUGCUACUGUUUAUUUAUCUUAUAUGUUCUUGCUUUGAAGUUAAGAAAUGUUUUCAGUUUUCCAAGAUUUGACUUGUGGCUUUCAUUUAGAAUCAACAGAAAUCAUUAUCUUUGUCACAUGUUAAGAGUGCAGAAGUUCAUCACAUACAAAAGAUAAGGGAUGUGAAAGUGAAGCUCAAAUCUCUCCAAAAGAGAACUGGUGCAACCAGGACUACUAAAAAUUAAAAGUUUAAUUAUUUGAAUUCAAAGUUUACAUUUUGAGUUUUAAAUGUGUUUUCUAUAUAUAUUUCCAACACUUUUAUCUUAUUUUUAUUUUUAAAAGUCCCGCUAAACUUUUAGAACUUUUAUAAAAUAUUUUAAGGAAAAAAAGCUCCUCCCAUUUUUAAGAAAAAAAAAUGAGGGUUAUGCAGUCAGUGGCAUUCAAGCAUGGAUUCAAAAGAAAACUCACACAUGCCAACAACUCAUUUUGGCCUGAAGUCGCCUUGAAAAAAGCUGCAGCAAUCAUUUUGGGGGUUUUUUCGUAAAGCAAUUUUUUUUAACCAAUGUGGACUCAUUUAUCUUACUCCACUCAGUGUUUUUGUAGACACACACACACACACACACACAAAAUAAAACAGCAUUUUAAAUAUUUAGAAAGAGAAUUUUUUAUUCUACAUUUUCUUGUGGGUCUCUUGUUUUUGUCAUGUUUGAUUUUUCUGAUGUAAACAUCGAUGACUUACAAAAAUAAAAGGUGAUAAAAGAGCACCAAAGGCACCCCUGGUUUUCACAGACACUCAGCUCUUUCCACACCACUACUGCAUUUAAUUAUUAAUAAUAAAUAAUAAUUACUCAUCGCUG